AUGAGCAGAAGCCCUGAUCCUGAAAGUACUACUCCGUCCGUGGAGCCAUCUUCUGGUAUUCGAAUUAGAAGUGCCAGUCCGUGUUCGUCCAGUAGUGUUCGCGAAAAGUCAAGCCCGACUUUAGUCGUAUCUCGGAAUAAGAGUCCAGUUCCUGACAUAAUUCGAAAAGGACCUCCUACGGUGUAUCCUUCUUACCCUAUUGUAGUACCGACCAUACGAAGAGCUCCUCCUGCGUGUCGAAGUCCGGACACCCGGCGUAGUAGGAGCCCAAUGCCAUCUUGUGUCCCUGUUAUAACCACAGGAAGACGUGGAAGUAGCAGCAGUAGCAGCAGCUCUGCCAGAAUACCUUCGUCUUCCAGUCCCAGACGUGACACAAGUCCUACCUAUCCAGAAGGACCGAUGAGGUGUAUCAGUCCUUCGGAAGAUUCCCCUGGAAGUCAUCAUCGUGUUCAUUUAAUCGACACGAAAUUAUGUCGAGAGACUUCACCUUCCGGAAGAAGAGUUUCUUCCGCUGAUGGUCGUAACAAUGAAAGUGCGCCUUCAUCCUCUCCUGGUUCGCGGCAGCUGAAGUUCGGCAUGGACCGUAUUCUGUCUGAAGAAAUAUCCCCCACCAUUCGGAGACACCAGUAUCAGG